UGAAGUUGCUUCUUCUCCUAGAACAGGGCAAAGCUCUCCAGCCCCAGAGAUCCUCCACCCACCACCCGGAGACCAGGGGGAGCUCCAGCACAGCUCACAGCCGGCUCUUUACCAGGAUCCAUCGAGCAUUGGUCUCUUCCUGCUCCCCCCUGUGCGCCCCCUGCCCCCCCGGGCUGCUAUACAAUCCUCAGCAGUGACCUGAGACUGUAUAGCCAGCCCCAGCACUGGCUGACACCUCACUGACUUAUUAUUAUUGGUUUUUUUUGCUCUGUUUUGCUUUUUAUAUAUUUUUUUGUUCCUUUUUUAUUUGCAAUAAUAUUAUUAUUUUUCUUUAUUAUUGCAUUGCAUUAACUCCUCCUUGCCUGGACACUUUCCACCUCCCUUGCUCCAGUCUUCUCCAGGCUACAGGUGCUCAACUUAUCUCUCCAGCCUCCUCAAUAUUGUCAGGGACUUAUCUGGGACAUUGUGAUCUAUCUGAACAGCUGACCAGUCAUGACUGCAGAGAAGGAGAAGAAAAGGAGCAGCUCAGAGCGAAGGAAGGAGAAGUCUCGAGAUGCAGCCAGGUGUCGGAGAAGUAAGGAGACGGAAGUGUUCUACGAGUUGGCUCAUCAGCUUCCAUUGCCCCAGAACAUCAGCUCACAUCUGGACAAGGCCUCCAUCAUGCGUCUGACUAUCAGUUUCCUUCGCACACAAAAAGUCUUAUCAUCAGUAUGUGCAGAAGGCGACCUGGACCCAGACUCUGAGAACCAGACCGACAAUUUGUAUCUUAAAGCUCUGGAAGGAUUCGUUGCUGUCCUGACUCAAGAUGGUGACAUGAUCUUCCUGUCUGAAAACAUUAACAAGUACAUGGGCCUUACACAGGUGGAACUCACAGGACACAGCAUCUUUGACUUCACUCAUCCAUGUGAUCAUGAUGAAAUCAGAGAGAAUUUAACUUUAAAGUCCGGUGCCAGCAUUGGAAAGAAGAGCAAGGAUGCCAAUACCGAGCGGGAUUUCUUCAUGAGGAUGAAAUGCACGGUUACCAACAGGGGCAGAACUGUCAAUCUCAAAUCUGCAACAUGGAAGGUGUUGCAUUGCACCGGUCACAUCAAGACAUACAACUCCUACAACCCACACGCCAUCUGUGGCUACAAGGAGCCUAUGCUCAACUGCCUGGUGAUGAUAUGCAAGCCUAUACAGCACCCUUCCAACAUCGACAUCCCGCUGGACAGCAAAACAUUCCUAAGCCGCCACAGCAUGGACAUGAAGUUCACCUACUGCGAUGACAGAAUAACUGAAUUGGUUGGAUACCAUCCAGAGGAGUUGCAUGGGCGCUCGGCUUAUGAAUUUUAUCAUGCCUUGGAUUCAGAAAGUAUGACUAAAAGCCACCAGAACUUGUGCACAAAAGGUCAAGUGGUCAGCGGUCAGUAUCGGAUGCUUGCCAAGCACGGUGGUUAUGUCUGGGCGGAGAGUCACGGCACGGUCAUUUACAACACACGCAACUCUCAGCCGCAGUGCAUUGUGUGCGUCAACUAUGUCCUGAGUGAGAUUGAGAAAAACAAUGUUGUAUUCUCUAUGGACCAAACAGAGUCUCUGUUCAAACCACAUCAGAUGACCAUGAACUCCAUCUUUAGCAAUGCUGUCUCUGAUAAGACGAGUGACUUCUUAUUUGCCAAACUGAAGGAAGAGCCAGAAGAGCUGGCACAACUCGCUCCCACCCCGGGAGAUGAGAUUAUCUCUUUGGACUUUGGUGCUCAAACCUAUGAGGAACCAUCAACUUAUAAUAGUGGUCCCCAGGCUAGCACAGGCAAAUGGCCACUGGAAGUCAAGAGCCACAAUUCCCAAGCUGAGAUUAUUAACCUUCCGUCCUUCACAGUGCCUCAAGUGGCUCCAGGAAGUACUACUCCAAGUACUAGCAGUGCCAGUAGUUGUUCUACGCCAAGCCCUCCAGGAGAAUAUUACACUUCUUUAGAAGAGGAUCUCAAGAUUGAGCUGAUUGAAAAGUUGUUUGCUAUGGAUACAGAAGCGAAGAAUAAAUGCAGUACUACCCAGAAUGACUUCAAUGAAUUGGAUCUUGAAACCCUCGCUCCAUACAUUCCAAUGGAUGGUGAAGAUUUCCAAUUGAAUCCAAUAUGUCAAGAUGAGUGUCCACUCAGUGACAGCGCACAACCCUCCCAGCAGAAUCUGAGUAGCCUGAAUACACUAUUCCAGUCUGGUGCACCUCCUCCCCAGAACCAGUUUCUUCAUCAGAACUUUUGUCAGCCUAUGGCAGCUAAAGGGGGUAAUCCUAGCCAGGAUGCUCUGCCCAAUGGGCUGUAUAAUGGUGAGAGAAAAUCCCCACCAUUAUCAGCAUAUCAAACCGGUGCUAGUCCACCAUUGUCCUCAAUGGGUGGGCGGUCGAACGUCCAAUGGCCUCCAGAUCCACCAGUCAGUUAUAUGCAUGCAAAAUGGAGAUUGAUGGAUCAGUACAACGAAGCUCAAACCAAUUCAGCUUCAGGACGCCCUAUGCAUUUACACAGCAUGCCACUAUAUAAACAAAGAUCACUUGAGAGUUUUGGACAGCGGGGCAAAGACUUACACCCCAAUGAAAUCCCGUUCUGUCACAGCAUGAAGAGGAAGCGCCAGCUUGACUAUGGAGAUCAGGGAUUUCCACAGUUUAAUGUGGGGGAGUUGUCAGAUAACACGAUAUCUUCAUUAAUGUGGAAACGUAUGAAAUCUCUCAAACCAGACAUGUGCCCACUUGUGUCAGAAAAGAAAUCACUAAGUACAAGUGUUCUAACCGAUGACUACAUCUGUAAUAGGCACAGGGGAGUAAGCUCUCAUCAAAUGGCUCAGCAGUCACAGUCACAACAACAUUGUGCAUCCAAUUCAAGAGACGAAAGGAAAACCCCUUACCCGGGUACUUUCUUCAGCUGUAAUUACCAUGAAUACCACAUGCCACAGUCCCAAAAACCUAAUGCUCUGACCAACCGUCUCAUCGGGCCAUCCUACGAGCCUUACCUGUUGCCAGAACUGACCAGAUACGACUGUGAGGUCAAUGUGCCAGUACUGGGCAACUCCAACCUCCUGCAAGGCAGGGACCUCCUCAGAGCACUGGACCAGACUACCUGAAGAGAAGACACAUUAUUCUGACUUGUAAAUGUUCAUAUAAAGGCUUCAGUUUCUAAACCUAUUUUUGCGAGUAGACACUGAUAAAGUUUUACUGAAUUUUCACAAACAUAUGGGACUUUGUUCACUAUACCAAACAGUGGCCUUAUUGAAACGGCAUCCUAUAAAAAACAAUAAGAUAUACAUAUAUGUUUUUACCUGCUGUAUUUUUCUUUAUUUUAAUAACAAAUUGUAUAGUAUAGACAAUGUUUUACACAUGCUUAUAACCGUGUAAAAUUAACUUAUAUUUUUUUAAGUGGCCACGAUUGAUCUUAUGGUGCAUAUAUCUUGUUUAUCCUGCAGAAUUCAUAAAGGAAAUGGAAUUUGUUACUGUCACAUAAGAAAAAGAAAUCUAAUCUUUCAAUGCCAUGUACUGUUUUUAAAUGGCAUACAGAGUUAUAGCUAACUUGACAUUCCCAUAAGUAUGACCAAUGAAAUUAGUGAUUUUUUUUUUUUGUAUUAUAAUUGUAUAAUUGGUCCCCAUUACAAUCCAAAGUAAUUUUACCAUCUCUGUUAUAGAACUAAGUACCGGGACAAGUCAUCUAGUUCUUCUAUGGAUUGGUUAUAUAUAAGGUACCAAUUCACUGACUAAGACCUUAAAUGGACACUAAAUUUGGAAACAAAUAUAUUUAGCACAUUUUUGCCAAAGUCUGAAACAUUCACCAAAUUGACUUUCUAUGUUUGAUCGGGAAUCCGCUGAAGGGCUGGCCUAUCCGUAAGGUUGGGGUUUACCUUGCUUGGUCACCAUUGCAGACACAGCAGCAUAAGGCUGGGUUCCCAUUACGUUUCCCCCUAUACGGGAGCGCAUACGGUA